GGGUGAUAUCCACCUUUGCCACUCUCAUGAGCAGAAUGGAGUCUAAAGAAAGCACCCGAAGUGGAAACAAGACUGAUAGCAAGACUGCUAGCUCAGCAAAGUCUGAGAAACCUCACUCUGGGCCGGCGGCAAGUGCUGAUAAGAAAGAAGCUCCUAAGGAGCAGCCAACUCCUGCUGCCACCACCCCUGCAAAGAAAGGGGCCACAGCACCCAGCGAGGCAGCCAUGCUGAAUGACCACAGCAAUCUGAAGCCUGCCACAGUGCCAGCAGCUGAGGGGCCUGAAGCAAGUGCCCAUCCUGCUAACUCCGAGCAUAAAGAGAACAGUGCAGAGGAGUCGCCAGGGAGUAGCAUGUUUGAGAACAUCAAGCCCCUGCUCAUCUUUGGAGGGGCAGCAGUAGCUGCCAUAGCUGUGAUCAUAGGAGUAGCCAUUGUAGCUCGGAAAAAAUAG